GUCCCGAGCUUCGGCUUCGGCGGCCCCGGGACCCGGACGAGCGCCCGGAGGUGGCGGACGCGGCGCCGGGGAGCCCCCAUGGGCGGGUGUGUGGGCGCCCAGCACGACUCCUCGGGCAGCCUCAACGAGAACUCGGAGGGCACCGGAGUUGCUCUAGGACGUAACCAGCCUUUGAAAAAGGAGAAACCAAAAUGGAAAAGCGAUUAUCCCAUGACAGAUGGACAACUGCGCAGCAAGAGGGAUGAAUUCUGGGACACUGCACCUGCUUUUGAAGGCCGAAAAGAGAUUUGGGAUGCCUUAAAGGCCGCUGCUCAUGCUUUUGAGAGCAAUGACCAUGAACUGGCUCAGGCCAUCAUCGACGGAGCGAGCAUCACACUGCCACACGGUGCACUCACAGAGUGCUAUGAUGAGCUGGGCAACCGAUACCAACUGCCAGUCUAUUGCUUGGCACCACCGAUCAACAUGAUAGAGGAAAAGAGCGACAUAGAAACUCUGGAUAUUCCUGAGCCACCUCCCAACUCUGGGUACGAAUCUCAGCUCCGCCUACGCCUUUCCACCGGCAAAGACCUCAAGCUCGUGGUGCGCAGCACCGACACGGUGUUCCACAUGAAGAGGCGCCUGCACGCCGCCGAGGGGGUGGAGCCAGGCAGCCAGCGGUGGUUCUUCUCGGGCAGACCUCUCACUGACAAAAUGAAGCUGGAGGAGCUGAAGAUCCCAAAGGACUAUGUGGUGCAGGUUAUUGUGAGCCAGCCUUUACAAACCCCGACACCAGUUGACAGCUGAGUGCUCCUGGGAGGUGGUGCCUAGACCCCUCGGCUCCUUUUUAUCAUUGUCAUUUCCUAUUCUGUGGCGUGAAAUUUAUUUUCACUGCUCUGAAUUCCCUGUGAAUGGAUUUAGUUCUGAGGAAUUACCAGUGAAAAAUUCCAUCUGUGAUGGAGAACAACACAAAUAAUAAAACCCAAGAGCCAGCCUUUGAGACUCACGUAGUUACGAUUUCUACUUUGAGAGGCAGUUGAGAGAUAGAUAACCAUGUAUUUUAAAGCAUUCAACAACUAUGUAAUGGCAGUGUUUAAAUGAUCUGGACUGUAAACAGAACCCAUUAAGAACAGCACCAAGUAUUUUUGAAUACAGAAUUUUAAAAGUAUAUAUGUCGAAUUAUAUAAUAUCCAGAAACCAUCAAUAACAGUUGCAAAACCUAUGCUUUUCUUUAACUGUACUCUGAAGAGAGCAGUAUUUGAGGUUUGCUUCUAUUCUAGGUCUUCUUAGCUCAUUUUAUAUUUAGCCAUAAAGAAGCGGAGAAUGUCUAGUUGUGACUUGGUUUUGCUUCCCCAUCCCCAUGGGGUUGAGCUCCUUAUUUACAUUCACACUAAGUUUUGGUGCCUUCCAACACGGUGGCAGGCACCCUCCUGGAACACUAGGCAAUAAUUUCGGAAGUGCAGUCAGACUUAUUUUCAGCUGGUACUCAGUGGGAAUGUCUCUUGUCUUGCUGCACAGUUACUUGGAAAUGUCCGAAUCCAGGCUUGAGGCGGCCAGCGCUGUGAUUACCUUCCCCGCUCUCUGCUCGGCCGGGAUGUUUUCAUAGCUGACUGACACCACCACCCCCAACACACACGCACACACAGUUCCUGGGCCAGGCAAACACAGGAAGCUAUACAGCUAGCAGAAAAGUUCAACGGAAAACUUUUCAAGUAUGAAGGGUUUUCUGGUGCCACUUAAUCAACAGCAGUGAGACCAAAUGUUGACAUACUGCUUUCAGCCCUCCUGUUUUCCAGUUUACUCUGAGCUGCAAUAUUCCGCCCACAUCUGUCUUUUCCAGCAAAGGGAAAACUUAACCGUCUGCAAAUUAGGUUAGGGGACUGAAACUCAGUGAGCCAACCUGAUGCUCUUCAUCGUAGCUGUUGAAAAGCUGCUGAGGGCUCUGUUUCAUUUUGGAGUCUCUUUAGGCUGGUUCAGUGAGGCUAACCCCUGACCACAGUGAAGCCCUGAGACUCCGUGAGCUGGGAAAGCAGAGGGAAGAAGGCACCAUACUAGUCUUAGUUGGGAAACAACAAACCUCACACCUAUUUGGAUGUCUUAACACCAUUAUUAAUUUAAAUGGCAAAAUGAAUCUGCUAAUUAGUAUAAAAUAUAUUAAAUUUGCUCUAACAUGUUUAAAUAUAUGAUUGUAAAUUAUGUUUCUGAGGACUUUCAAGUACAUCCCUAAUUUUAGGCAUCAUUUUCAAGAUUAUGGCUGCAUCUGAUCUAGGUUUGCUGCUGAUUGAGUGUAACUACAGAAAACACAGCGCUAAUCACGAAGGAGAAGUUCUCCAUCUGGAGGAGGGGUACAAUGGAAUGUCAGCAUGUUGCCUCGUCAACAGGUUUUAUUCAUUUGUGUGCCUCAUUGAAUAGCAGCAUCUCUCAAAGUUCAACUGGAAAACAAGUGUAUAAACCUACUUUGUUUCUUAAGGAAAUUGGAUGAUUUCACCAAUAAUUUAUAGUUGGUAAAAGGUCUUACUAGUUUGUUAAGGAAUUGAUCUUUCUUUGAGAGUUUUUUGUUUUUUUUAAGAAACAAAUACUUUGGAUAACAGUCCUCUGGGCAUGUCAAACCAAGGUGAGAAAACCAUGGUGCUGUUCAUUAUCUAUAGACUGAUACAAGAUUGGACCAAUACUUGAUGUGUAUAAUUUUAGUAUGUAGGGUUUUUGUGCUUUUUAAAAAAAAAAGUUCAAUUUUU